UGAAAUUAUUCAAUUAGAUUUUUAGUACGCAUUCUUUCUUCACUGAAAUUUUUAGUUUUUACAUUCCUCUUUUUAGUGUUUUUUUUUCUCAGUUGAAGUGAAACAGUGGAUUCUGUUUUGAUGAUUAGGCUUCAGGGUUGAAAGGAAAUUAUUCUCUUAUUUUCCUGAGGUUUUUUAAUAGAGUUCGUGUUGUGAUUCGGGCUUGUUGAUAAUGGAUUCUGCAAGGAGUUGGUUUAAGAAAUUCCAACAUAAAAAUGAGAAAGUAGAAAAUUCACCAAAGAAAAAGAAAGAUUUGGAAAAUGCGAAGUAUGCACAUAAGCCUCCCAUCGAUGGGGCUGAGGCGCCUUCAACUGCCACCAAACAGAAGGCUGCUGCUGCCAAACAGUAUAUUGAGAACCACUACAAAGCACAGAUGAAGAAUUUGCAAGACAGAAAGGAGAGACGUUGGAUGUUAGAGAGGAAACUUGCUGAUGCUGACGUUACUGCAGAAGAGCAAAUGAAUAUGCUUAAGUUUUUAGAGAAAAAAGAAACUGAAUACAUGCGACUUCAAAGACACAAGAUGGGUGUUGAUGACUUCGAACUUUUGACCAUUAUAGGGAGGGGUGCAUUUGGGGAGGUAAGGCUUUGUAAAGAAAAAGCUACUAGCAAUGUGUAUGCCAUGAAAAAGCUUCAGAAAUCAGAGAUGCUUCGCAGAGGCCAGGUCGAGCAUGUUAAAGCAGAAAGGAAUCUCCUUGCUGAAGUUGACAGUGAAUGCAUUGUCAAGCUCUAUUGCUCAUUUCAAGAUGAUGAAUAUUUGUAUCUUGUAAUGGAAUAUCUUCCCGGGGGUGACAUGAUGACAUUACUGAUGCGGAAGGAUACCUUAACUGAGGAUGAGGCGAGGUUCUAUGUUGGCCAGACUGUUCUUGCAAUUGAAUCCAUCCACAAGCACAACUAUAUCCACAGGGACAUCAAGCCUGAUAAUCUAUUGCUUGACCGUAACGGCCAUAUGAAACUCUCGGACUUUGGAUUGUGUAAGCCUCUUGAUAGUAGUAGCUUUCCUGACCUUAGGGAGGAUGACCAUGGAGGGGGGAGAAACUUAAAACCCUCAACGGAGAGUGGUAAACAUUCUAAUGUUCCCACAACACCUAGGCGGACGCAACAAGAGCAGUUGUUACAUUGGCAAAAGAAUAGGCGAACAUUGGCUUAUUCAACAGUUGGCACCCCUGACUAUAUUGCCCCUGAAGUGUUGUUGAAGAGAGGAUAUGGGAUGGAGUGUGACUGGUGGUCACUUGGGGCAAUUAUGUUUGAGAUGCUUGUAGGAUACCCGCCUUUCUAUUCUGAAGAACCAUUAUCAACAUGUAGAAAGAUUGUAAAUUGGAGAACCCAUUUGAAAUUCCCUGAAGAAGCCAAGUUAUCUGCUGAAGCUAAAGAUCUCAUCCGUAAACUCCUUUGCAAUGUUGAGCAGAGGCUUGGAACCAAAGGGGCUUAUGAAAUAAAGGCACACCCUUGGUUCAAAGACAUUGAAUGGGACAGAUUAUAUCAAAUAGAAGCUGCGUUUAUGCCAGAGGUUAACAGUGACCUGGACACACAAAACUUUGAAAAGUUUGAAGAGUUGGGGGCUCAAGUACAAUCUUCGACCAGAUCGGGUCCCUGGAGAAAGAUGCUUUCUUCGAAGGAUGCAAAUUUUGUAGGUUAUACGUACAAGAAUGUUGAGAUUGUCAAGGAGCAUCAUCUUCCAGGCAUUGCUGAGGUGAAGAAGAAAAGCAAUGCACCUAAGAGACCUUCUGUGAAAUCAUUGUUCGACACUCCUGGACCUCCUGAUCCCCCAACAAAGGGGAGCUUUCUCAACCUCUUGCCAACUCAAUUAGAGGAACCUGAAAGCCCGGUGUCUGAACAUCAAUCUAUUAGAGCCACACAGUAUCCUCGGAAACCUUUGCACAGAUAGUUGAAUGAUGCAAUAUGUAGGUAAAUCGUUCUUAUGCAAAUUGGUAGUGAAAAUCUUUCCCAACAUUGCAAAUCGGCAAUGAGUCAUCAUAUGCUUUAGAAAGAUGACUCGUAUACAUUAGAAAGAUUCCUCUUCGUUUAAGCAUGUUUCGAAAUAGCAUAUAUGGCCAUUCAUGGUACAUCAUAUAUAUAAGGAGUUUACUUUCUUCUUUUGAAUCUUUUCAAGCUGUGCCUUCGGAUUCGAAUCAUUACCAUGUUUAUAUUUUCCUGUUGAAGAAAGAUGAAGGCAGAAGUUGAACUGAUAAGUGUAGUACAGGUUUGUGCAUUAUUUUCCCGUCACGCCAGUAGCUGUAGAAACAAAUUAUACAAAUAUAAUCUCAUAAAUUCUCUUU